CUAAAGUCUGGUUAUAUGUUGUAUGCAUUGCAAAAAGCUGUCGGUGUUGGGAAUACACACGUUUGCAUGCAUGCGUGUGUGUGCAGGAAGUUGGGGAAAAAACACACUGAAGCUUUUCUAGGAAUUCUGAGUAGCUACAUAAUCUCUCCCCUCUGCUCCAGUUCAGCUACGGGUCGGGCGUUUAAGCAAGACAGUUAAAGUACACAAACCUUCAGACACAGGAGCAGACAUACCACCAGAAUCCUCACAAACCACACAAUGAUCUUACACUACUUAGUGGAAUAUCUUGAUUUGAAGAGCUGGCUUUUAGGAUUUUUUCUUUUCCUACUACUUCUUGAUGUCAUCAGGAACAAAAAUCCAUCCAAUUUUCCACCAGGACCAUGGCCCCUACCUUUUGUGGGAAACAUUUUCACUGGGCUUGACUUCAAAACAAUAGACAAGCUUGCCGAGAAGUAUGGAGACGUUUUUAGCCUGCGUUGGGGCAGUGAGAAAACUGUGUUUAUCUCUGGACAUAAAAUGGUGAAGGAGGCUCUCAUUACUCAGCUAGACAGCUUUGCAGACCGACCUGUUGUCCCUCUCUUUCACAAAAUCUAUAAUGGACUUGGUGUUGCUCUCAGUAAUGGGUACCUGUGGAAAAACCAGAGGAAGUUUGUCAUCACACACCUACGCAACUUUGGUGAAGGGAGGAAGACCCUGGAGCUGAGUAUCCAGCAGGAGAGCAUAAUUCUGUGUGAUGCUUUCAAAGCAGAACAGGGUGCUUUUAAUCCCCAGUUUUUCAUCAACAACGCAGUUGCAAACAUCAUCUCAGCACUAGUUUUUGGUCAUCGCUUUGAAUACCACGAUGAGAAUUUCCUGAAUAUCUUGCGUUUGGAUACUGAAGCCGUUGUUUUGGCAGGUUCUGACCGAGCUCAGCUAUAUAAUGCCUUCCCUCGCCUCUUUGAAUACCUUCCUGGUCCGCAUCAAAAGAUGUUUGCCAACUACACAAAAAUAAUAGAGUUCUUAAAAGAAGAACUAAGAAGACACAAGGAGGACUGGGAUCCCUCAAAUCCUCGGGAUUACAUCGACAGUUUCCUUCUAGAAAUGGAAAAGAAAAAGAGUGAUCCUGAAGCUGGAUUUAAUGUCGAGACAUUAUUGAUUGCAAUGCUGGACAUGCUUGAAGCAGGGACAGAAAGCGCAGCCACUACAAUACGCUGGGGUCUUCUCUUCAUGAUGAAGUACCCUGAGAUACAGAAAAAGGUACAGGCAGAGAUAGACAAAGUGAUUGGACAGUCACGCCAGGCCAGCAUGGCUGACAAACCCAACAUGCCCUACACUGAAGCUGUUAUUCAUGAGAUUCAAAGGAUGGGUAACACUGUGCCUCUGGGCUUUCCCAAGAUGGCUUCUAAAGAUAUUGUACUGGGUGGAUUCUUCAUACCAAAGGGCACAACUGUGACUACAAACCUAUCGUCUGUGCUUAAGGACAAGAACGAAUGGGAAACGCCAGACAUGUUUAACCCAGGACACUUUCUGGAUGAUCAAGGCCAGUUCCUGAAGAAGGAUGCUUUCCUGCCCUUUUCAGCAGGUAAGAGAUCAUGUCUGGGGGAGCAGCUGGCUCGUAUGGAGCUCUUCCUGUUUUUCACCUCUCUGUUGCAGUGCUUUACCUUCUCCCCUGGUCCUGGAGACGAUCUCAGCUUGGAAGGCCAGCUGGGCUUCACAUAUGCACCCAGACCUUACAGCAUAUGUGUCACCCCACGCUAAGAGCCCAUACACAAAUAUAUAUAUAUAUACGCUUUUAAGCUAUUUGUUGUAAGAAACCUUAUUUUGACCCCUAUGAUAUAUUCCAACAGCUAUGUUCUAUUUAAUUAGAAAUUACAAGCAUGAAGACUUUUAUUUUGAUUUAUAGUACAGAAUAGCUAUAAUGCACAAUAUAUUGAUUGACAUGAUUCAGUUUUAACCACACUAUAAUUCUCCCUUUACUGUGAGGGGAAAUACUUCUUCAAACACCUUUGCUUUUGGUAUAUAAUUCAAUUCUAUUAUAUUUGCAUAGCGCUUUUAACAACGGAUAUUGUCACAAAGCAGCUUUACAGAAAUAUAUAAAUUCAGAAUAUAAAAUUUAACUGUAUGAAUAUAUCCCUAAUGAGCAAGGAAAAACUCCCUGAAACGAUAUGAGGAAGAAACCUUGAGAGGAACCAGACUCAAAAGGGAACCCAUAUUCAUCUGGGUGACACUGGAGAGUGUGAUUAUAAAUUAUUUCUCUUCUAUAACUGUGUACUACAUAGUCAAAAAAUUUAUAACCAGGAAACUUAAGUGCAGACUGCUCAUAUCAGUUGCAGUUCAAAGCCACCCUCAUGGUUUUUAAGUGGUACCAUGCUUAGUAAUCUUAUUCAUCUUUGGGCUGUCCAUGUGAGACCAUCCUUAGCAGCAGCAUAAGUGAUGAGAACUCCACCAAGAAGUAGGGCAUCAGGAUAGAUCAGGCAGGUCUUUAGAGCAGAAGGGGUCAGGAUCACUGGUAUCUCAGGAGUAGCAUGUGUAGCUCGACAGACACACACAUUGAGAGAGAGAGAGACAGAGAGAGAGAGAGAGAGAGAGAUCAUUAGGUCUACAAACUACUUUCACACACUACAGACAAUUUAGAAAUGCCACUCAGCCUACAAUGCAUGUUGAACUGGAGUACAAAACUGGAGUACCUGUCGGAAACCCCUGCAGCAUAAGGAGAACAUGCAGACUCUGCACACACAGGGUGGAGGAACCCCAACCCCAGAGGUGCAAGGCAAACAUGCUAAUCACUAAGCCACCAUGCCGCCCAAUAUAAAACCAUUACAAACAUUAUGUUACAUAUAGUUUUCUUUACCAUAACUGUCUAAGAUAUUCAUUAAAAUAAACACGUUCAAAGUA